GGUCUCCCGUACCAAACACUACUCCCACUUUUUAAAACACACCCGCCGUUGGCUCUGUGCGCCAUGGAAACUAUACCCAGGAGGACAGAGCCAGCUGACACACAAGACAUGGAAGUUGGUGGAUUUUACUAGUGAGCGUUUGUCUCGACUCAGGACAACCCUGGAUACCGUAUCCUCCUUCCCCACUAUGGACGGGACAGCUGUGUGCUGGAGUAAGGCCAGCGUCAUCAGCUUCAUCAAGGGUCUGGCCUCACCCGUGGGGAACGGAUACAGUAAACCUCCCAUCCCUCCAGUCUGCUGUCCUCAGGGAGAGAAGGGUCCUCCAGCCAUGAUGCCCAUCAGCAUCGACCCGGAGAGCAAACCGGGCGAGUACGUCCUCAAGAGCCUGUUCGCCAACUUCACCACCGUGUCCGAGCGCAAGAUCCGCAUUAUCAUGGCCGAGCCGCUGGAAAAGCCAUUAACAAAGUCACUACAGAGGGGAGAAGAUCCUCAGUUUGACCAAUUGAUAAGCACCAUGAGCUCUUUGGCUGAAUACAGUCUCCCCUCCAUCCUGCGCACUUUGUUCGACUGGUACAAAAGACAAAACGGACUGGAGGAGGAGCUGCACGAGUACCGGCCGAGAGCCAACACCAAGUCCAAAAAUGACGAGCAGCAGAGGGAUUAUCUACUUGAAAGGAGGGAUUUGGCCAUCGACUUCAUCUUCUCUCUUGUGCUUAUAGAAGUUUUAAAACAGAUGCCGCUCUACCCGGUGCUCGACAGUUUGGUGAAUGAAGUCAUUAACUUAGCCUUUAAGCACUUUAGAUACAAAGAGGGGUAUCACGGUCCUAACACUGGCAACAUGCACACUGUAGCAGACCUCUAUGCUGAAGUCAUAGGAGUAUUAGCCCAGUCCAAGUUUCCUGCUGUGAAGAAGAAGUUUAUGACUGAGCUGAAGGAGCUGCGGCAGAAAGAGCAGAGUCCAUAUGUAGUGCAGAGCACCAUCAGCCUCAUCAUGGGGGUCAAGUUCUUCCGAAUUAAGAUGUAUCCCGUCGAGGAUUUUGAAGCCUCUUUUCAGUUCAUGCAGGAGUGUGCCCAUUAUUUUCUCGAAGUCAAGGACAAGGACAUUAAGCAUGCCUUGGCUGGCCUUUUUGUUGAGAUUCUGGUUCCUGUUGCAGCAGCCGUGAAGAACGAGGUGAACGUGCCCUGCCUGAGGAACUUUGUGGACAGCUUGUACGACACCACCCUGGACUUGUCCUCCAGAAAGAAGCACUCGCUGGCUUUUUACCCCCUGGUGACGUGCCUGCUGUGUGUCAGCCAGAAACAGUUCUUCCUUAACAGAUGGCACGUCUUCCUUAACAACUGCCUCUCAAAUCUGAAGAGUAGAGACCCUAAAAUGGCUCGUGUUGCACUGGAGUCCCUGUACCGACUGCUGUGGGUUUACAUGAUCAGAAUCAAGUGUGAGAGCAACACUGCAACACAGGGUCGACUCAACACCAUUAUUACAACACUUUUCCCCAAAGGAUCCCGCAGUGUGGUACCAAGAGACAUGCCCCUUAAUAUCUUUGUCAAAAUCAUCCAGUUUAUCGCACAGGAACGACUGGAUUUUGCCAUGAAAGAGAUUAUCUUUGACCUUCUGUGUGUUGGGAAACCAGCAAAAGCCUUUAGUCUUAAUCCUGAGAGAAUGAAUAUUGGUCUGAGAGCAUUCCUGGUCGUAGCCGAUAAACUGCAGCAGAAGGACGGCGAGCCUCCCAUGCCUAACACCGGUUGCACUUUGCCCUCUGGGAACACACUCCGAGUGAAGAAAACAUACCUGAGCAAAACGCUGACAGAUGAGGAGGCCAAAGUCAUCGGUAUGUCACAGUAUUAUUUUCAUGUGCGGAAGGCUAUUGACAACAUCCUCAGACACCUGGACAAGGAGGUGGGACGCUGCAUGAUGAUGACGAACGCUCAGAUGCUGAACAAGGAGCCUGAGGACAUGAUCACAGGUGAAAGGAAGCCAAAGAUCGACUUGUUUAGGACGUGUGUUGCCGCCAUUCCUCGCAUCCUUCCCGACGGGAUGUCCAAGCCAGAGCUCAUUGACUUGCUCUCUCGAUUGACAAUCCACAUGGAUGACGAGCUUCGACUCAUUGCCCAGAAUUCCUUGCAGAGUCUGCUGGUGGAUUUCUCCGACUGGCGUGAUGAUGUCCUGUUUGGAUUCACUAACUUCCUGUUACGUGAGGUCCAAGACACCCACCAGGGAUUGUUAGAUACGUCCCUUAAAUUACUGCUGCAGCUGCUCACACAGUGGAAACUGACGCUGGCAGCUCCAGGGAAGAGCUAUGACACCACGAAAAUGCACACAGUGGAGCUGCUUCAGAGCAGCUCGAGCCUCAAGAUCCCUGCAGAACGAGGUCCUCACUCCACUGUGCUUCAUGCUGUGGAGGGACUGGCGGUCGUGCUGCUCUGCUCCUGCCAGCUGAGCACCCGCAGACUCGCCAUUGCGAUACUGAAAGAGAUACGAAGCCUCUUCAUGACCAUCGGACAGUCUGAGGAUGAUGAUAAACCAAUGAUAGAGAUUAUGGAUCAGCUCAGCCCCAUUAUCCUGGAGAGCUUCGUCAACGUUGCAGUCUCUGACACAGCCGCCCUGCCAGCUGGUCACCACGUAGACCUUCAGUGGCUCGUGGAGUGGAAUGCGCUGCUCGUCAACAGUCAUUAUGACAUUCGGAGCCCCUCGCAUGUGUGGAUCUUUGCCCAGUCUGUGAAGGACCCCUGGGUGCUGUGUGUAUACAGCCUCCUCCGACAGGACAACCUGCCCAAGCACUGCCCCACAGCCCUCAGCUACGCCUGGCCCUACGCCUUCACUCGAAUGCAGAUGCUAAUGCCGCUGGUAGACCCAAACAACCCGGUGUAUGCAAAGAAAACCAGCACUUCUGGCAGUGGGGAUAAUUAUGUAACCCUGUGGAGAAACUACCUGAUCCUUUGCUUUGGGGUGGCCAAGCCCAGUAUCAUGAGCCCCGGCCAUCUGAGAGCGUCGACACCUGAGAUCACAGCUCCUACGCCUGACAGCGGUGUCAGCUACGAUAACAAGGUUAUCGGGAGCCCAUCUGUGGCUUGGCUUCUGAAGCAGUUGGUUCCACUGAUGAGGGCAGAGAGCAUUGAGUUGACAGAGUCAUUAGUUCUGGGCUUUGGUCGCACCAAUUCACUCAUAUUCAGGGAACUCGUGGAAGAGUUACAUCCCCUAAUGAAGGAGGCUUUAGAAAGAAGACCUGAGAACAAGAAGCGGCGUGAGCGGCGAGACCUGCUGAGGCUGCAGCUGCUGCGGAUCUUUGAGCUGCUGGCUGACGCAGGUGUCAUCAGCGACAGCACAAACGGAGCUCUGGAACGUGACACCCUGGCCCUGGGUGCUCUGUUCCUGGAGUAUGUGGAUCUAACCCGGAUGCUCCUGGAAGCUGAGAAUGACAAAGAUGCAGAGAUCCUCAAGGACAUUCGAGCUCACUUCAGCGCCAUGGUGGCCAACCUCAUCCAAUGUGUACCAGUGCACCACAGGCGCUUCCUGUUUCCACAGCAGAGCCUGCGGCAUCACCUCUUCAUCCUCUUCAGCCAGUGGGCCGGCCCUUUUAGCAUCAUGUUCACUCCUCUGGACCGCUACAGUGACAGGAAUCACCAGAUCACAAGAUAUCAAUACUGUGCCCUGAAGGCCAUGUCGGCUGUGCUGUGCUGUGGGCCUGUGUUUGAUAACGUUGGCCUCUCUCCAGACGGAUACCUCUAUAAGUGGCUGGAUAAUAUACUAGCCUGCCAGGAUCAGCGGGUCCAUCAGCUGGGCUGUGAAGUUGUCAUCCUGCUCCUGGAGCUCAAUGCCGACCAGGUCAACCUCUUCAACUGGGCUGUGGAUCGCUGCUACACAGGCUCCUAUCAGCUCGCCUCAGGCUGCUUCAAAGCCAUCGCCACAGUCUGUGGCAGCAGCAAAAGCUACCCAUGUGACAUCGUGACGCUGCUGAAUCUGGUGCUCUUCAAGGCGUCGGACACCAACAGAGAAAUCUAUGAGAUCUCAAUGCAGCUAAUGCAGAUUCUUGAAGCGAAAUUGUUCGUAUACUCUAAGAAGAUUGCAGAGCAGAAGCCAAACAGCAUCCUCUACGGCACCCAUGGUCCACUGCCAUCUCUGUACAGCGUCUCCCUGCCUCAGCUCUCCAGCCAGCUGGCCAGGAUGUACCCCGAACUCACACUCCCUCUAUUCUCAGAGGUUAGCCAGAGGUUCCCCACUACUCAUCCCAAUGGGAGGCAGAUCAUGCUAACCUACCUCCUGCCCUGGCUCGGUAACAUAGAGCUGGUGGACAGCGGCCUGCUGCUCCCAGUCUUCACACCGUGCACCUCGGUUUAUGACACAUCGAGCCCGAUCACCAGCACAAGCUCAUCACACCUGCUGAAAGGCACCGGCUGGGGCUCCUUACAAGCUACAUCUAUGGUUCUCAAUAACCUCAUGUUCAUGACCGCCAAGUAUGGAGACGAUCUACCUGGACCAGAGAUGGAAAACGCCUGGAACGCUUUAGUCAGCAAUGAGAAGUGGAGCAACAAUCUGAGAACCACAGUGCAGUUUCUCAUCAGCUUGUGUGGUGUUAGCAGUGACACCACCCUCCUCCCAUAUAUCAAGAAGGUGGUGAUCUAUCUGUGCCGGAACAACACCAUGCAGACCAUGGAGGAGUUGAUAUUCGAGCUACAGCAAAUGGAUCCAGUGAAUCCUGUGGUGCAGCACUGUGAUAGCCCUCCUUUCUAUCGCUUCACUGCCACAAGCAAAGCCUCCGCAGCGGCUUCAGGCACCACAUCGAGCAGCAAUACAGUUGUUGCAGGCCAGGAGAGCUUUCCUGACACAGAUGAUACCAAGAUUGUGAAGGAGAAUGAAGAGAGGUACAGUAGUCAGUGGCCUCUUCAAUCUUGUGAUUCAGUGAAGUACAACACUAACAAGACACAUUAUAAGAUUUAUUUUUUUUCUGACCUUAGGCUAAGUCACAUGAUACGAGCACACAACCGUCUGGAAUCACGCUACAGUAACAGUUCGGGUGGAUCCUACGAUGAAGAUAAGAGUGAACCUUUGCCUCCCUAUGCUGAUUGGCUGAUGAUGGUUAUUGAGACCAACCAGCCCCAUGCUCUGCCUAUGCCCCUGAAUGGAGGAUGCUGGGCUCCGCUGGUGGACUUUUUACCAGAGACCAUCACUCCCAGAGGACCACUGCACAGGUGUAACAUAGCAGUCAUCUUCAUGACAGAGAUGGUGGUGGACCACAGUGUGAGAGAAGACUGGACCAUGCACCUGCCUUUACUGCUGCAUGCUUUGUUUUUGGGCAUGGAUCACUAUCGUCCAGAGGUGUUUGAGCACAGCAAACGUCUUCUCCUCCACCUGCUCAUCACAUUGUCCUGCAACAACAACUUCCAGGCCAUUGCGUCAGUCUUACUGCAGACACGUGAGAUCAAUUCCACCAAGACGCUCACCUGCAAACCAAGUCUGCAGCCCGAAUAUUCACCUUCAGGAGGUUUUGACUUCUUGCGGGAGUGUCAGGCAUCUCCUGUGCCGGACUCUGGUCUGAGCUCUUCUUCCACAUCGUCCAGUUUAAGUCUUGGAGGAAGCAGCAACAACCUGCCUGAGAUUUCCCAGGACAUGGAGGAGCUGGUGGCCUCCAGUAAAAUGGAUGAAAAGACGAACAAGCUCAUUGAGUUUUUAACCACAAGAGCAUAUGGACCGCUGUGGUGCCAUGAAGACAUUUCACCAAAGAACCAGAUUUCAAAAAGCACCGGGCAGCUGACGAACUUCCUGCGACAUGUUGUGUCUGUGUUCAAAGAUUCCAAGUCAGAUUUCCACCUGGAGCAGCAGCUCAGUGACGUAGCGCUGCAGACAGCCUUGUGCAGUUCAUCCCGUCACUACGCCGGUCGCUCCUUCCAGGUGUUUCGAGCCCUUCGGCAGCCCAUCUCAGCCCACGCUGUGUCCGACCUGCUGUCCAGGCUGGUGGAAGUCGUUGGUGAGCAUGGAGAAGAAGUGCAGGGCUAUGUGAUGGAAGUAUUACUCACUCUGGAAUCUGUGGUCGAUAACUUGGCUGAAUGUCUCAAGAACAAUGAUCUCAUGGCUAUCCUGACAAGAGCCUCAUCUCCAGAUUUCCUCACCAGUUUCAAGCUGCUGUCCAACAGGAAGAGCACCGGGCAGCUCAAUCUGAGAAGGGAAGAGAGGAGCAGACAUCAGAGGAGCUCUUCGGUUCCUAAGAAGUUCGGUGAGGCAGACAGGUGGUCUGAUCCGCCUCGCAGCGCCACACUGGAUCGUAUCCAAGCCUGCGAGCAGCAGGUGUUGUUAGCAAAGAUCCGCAGCUCGUCCUCAUCUCAGGACAAUGUCACCGAUCCAACAAGCAUCAACCAUCCCACCAACCUGCUGGCCACCAUCUUCUGGGUGGCAGUGUCGCUCAUGGAGUCAGACUUUGAGUUUGAGUAUCAAAUGUCCUUAAGGCUGUUGAAUAAGCUGCUGGCCAACAUGUCGCUGGACAAGCAGGAAAACAGAGAGAAGCUGGAGAAACUGCAGAGCCAGCUGCAGUGGAGCAGCUUCACUGGGCUGCAGCAGCUGCUGUUAAAGGGCUUCACCUCAGUGUCCACCACUGACCUCACGCUGCAGCUCUUCUGCCAACUCACACCUGUGUCACGAGUGCCUGUAGUGGACACAUCACAAGCCAUAGGUUUUCCUUUGAAUGUUCUCUGCCUGCUUCCGCAUCUGGUGCAGAACUUCGACGGCCCUUCACAGUUCUGUCAAGACGUUGCUGAGAGGAUAGCCCAGGUAUGCCUCGAGGAGAAGAACGCCAAGCUCUCCAACCUCGCUCAUGUCAUGACUCUGUAUAAAACACACUCCUACACGCGAGACUGCUUCUCUUGGGUCAAUGUGGUGUGUCGAUAUCUUCAUGAAGCUUUCUCGGACAUCACCCUGAACCUGGUCACUUACAUGGCAGAGCUUUUAGAGAAGGGUCUCCCCAGCAUGCAGCAGACCCUUUUACAAAUCAUCUACAGCCUUCUGAGUCACAUGGACCUGAGUGGAAUUCAAGCCAAACCCUUCAACAUGGAGGUGCUCAAGACAAUAGAGAAAUUUGUCCAGACUGCCCAUUGGAGGGAAGCGCUGAACAUCCUGAAGCUGGUGGUUUCUCGAUCCGCCAGUCUGGUGCAGCCUUCCUUCCCACAGAGUGACCUCUCCUAUGAGGACAUCAGUCGUGUCUGGGAUCGCUCCUCCAAGGCCCUGCCUGGGAAAACGCUGGAUUUCCACUUUGACAUAUCUGAGACACCGGUGAUCGGUCGGCGCUACGAUGAUCUGCAGCGCUCUCCGGGCCAAGAUGUGAAGAGCAGGACCACAGCAGUGACCCGCAGCACCUCCUCGACCUCGUCUGGAUCCACUUCCAACAACGUCCUGGUGCCGGUCAGCUGGAAGAGGCCUCAGUCUUCACAGAAAAGAACACGGGAAAAACUGGUGAAUGUAUUGUCUUUGUGUGGGCAAGAAGUGGGGCUCACAAAAAAUCCUUCGGUGAUAUUCUCCAGCUGUGGGGAGCUGGACCUCAUGGAGCACCAGCCCAGCCUGGUGUCCUCCGACGAUGGGACCCGGGAAGCAGACAACAUGGACGACACCGCCUCAGAGCAGCAGUUCAGAGUCUUCAGAGACUUUGACUUCCUGGAUGUUGAGCUAGAGGAUGGAGAGGAGCUACAGGGAGAGACCAUGGACAACUUCAACUGGGGUGUGCGGAGGCGCUCCAUGGAUAGUCUGGACCGAAGUGACCUGCAGCCCCUGGAGGAGAGUCAGCUGUCCAGCAGCAUGCCGAGCCUCAGCAAGAUCGCCCGAGAAGACUCCGACGAGUCAUCUGAGGAGGAUUCCCUCACCGCCAGCCAGAUACUCUCCCACUCACAGCUUAUUGUCAACCUCUCUCCAACAGCAGAGAGCAGUAGCAUGGACUCUCCCUCUGCCUUUUUUGAUUCAACUUCAGCAGAGUCAACUCCUCUGAACACCAAAAAUCCUAGUUUCGAGGUCCAGCUGCCAGAGGACUCGAAGCAGCGGCAUGAGAUGUCUCAGGAAGACGAAGACGUCAACGUCCACGAAGACGACGUCUCUCUCUGCAUCAGUGAACCGCCCUCUGAAUAUCACUGUGGUGACAGUUUGACUAUGGAUAUGGUUCACUGUGAUUUCAAAGGAGAGCUGGACCUUGACUGCUGCUUACCCAGUCUGGCUGAGGAAGAGAGAGACGACCUGCUGGAGUCGCGUUCCUCACCGCCACCGUCGCCCUUCUUCUCCGCCAUCCUCGCCGCUUUCCAGCCAGCAGUGUGCGACGAUGCAGAGGAAGCCUGGCGGAGUCACAUCAACCAGCUUGUGUCCGACUCAGAUGGAUCCUGUGCAGUCUACACUUUCCAUGUGUUUUCAUCACUGUUUCAGAGUAUUCAGACCAAAUUUUGUUCUUUGACCUGCGAUGCUGUGAGUUACCUCGGCGAUGGCUUGAGAGGAUUAGGGUCUAAGUUCCUGAGGUCUUCUCAGAUGCUGACAUCAUGCUCAGAGUGCCCGACGCUGUUCAUUGAUGCAGACACAAUUAUGUCUUACGGACUUCUGGAAAAAAUGAAAUUCAGUGUGUUGGAACUUCAAGAAUAUCUUGACACCUACAACAACAGAAAGGAAGCAGCUCUCACUUGGCUGAGCAACUGUAAGGACACAUUUCCCAAGAACGCUGGAGGUGCUGUGAUAACAUGUCAACCAGUGGAGCAUGAGGAAAAGCAACUGGAACUCUGUCAAAGACUCUACAAACUCCACUUUCAGUUAUUGCUGCUUUUUCAGUCCUACUGUAAGCUGAUCGAGCAGGUCCAUGCAAUAAGCUCUAUUCCCGAGCUUACAAAUAUGUCUGGAGAGCUGAAUGAGUUGAAGAGCAACCUGAAGAUAGCAGCAGCCUCAGUGACAAACGAUGAGCUGGCAGCCCGUGAGAGUUCCUGCUCUGAGCCCAUCUUCAGCUCCUCUGAGGCUGCAGUUCAGGCCAUCCUGGAGGUUCUGAAGAACAGUGAGUUUGCGACAGCCAUUCGCUACAUUCGUGAGUGCAGAACAAUGUGGCCCAACGACAUCUUCGGCAGCCACUCUGAGGAUGAGGUCCAAACAUUACUAAACAUCUACUUCAGACAUCAAACUUUGGGUCAGACAGGAACUUUUGCUCUGGUGGGCUCGAAGCAGGACCUGACAGACAUUUCUGUCAAGUUGAUGGAACUUAACGGAGAGACUCGGGACAUGAUCCGACGAGCCCAGGGCUACCGAGCCAUCACAGCUUUUCUCCCAGACUCCAGGGUUUCAGGCUCGACUCUCUGAUGGGCGUCUGGCAGCGUGUGACGCCCAUAACUCCCCAGCGCCCUGCGUCAUGCCUAACCUCUCUUUGUGUCUGGGGUAGCUGCUAUCAUCUCAGUGGUUAACAAGAACUAUACUCUCACCUGGGAUUAACCAAACCCACGUCUCUUCUUCUCGUCCGAAUAUAUAUCAGAAUGUCAUCAAAUCCGAUCUUCAACCGUGCAGCAAUACUGUUGUUUCUACACAGAUGAUUGACUUUGCCGUUGUAAACAAAGUUAGACUCUUAUUGCACUAAUAAUAGAAACUGUCACAAGGCGACCACUUGCUACUGAGGUCAACAACUUUCACAUUUAACAUACCAAAGCUAAGUGAUGCUCUUUCUGUUAUGUUGUUUUAAUUGUCAAGGGAAAAUGUGCAAUCCUUCACUGAAGUGGAAGACCUUUGUCUCCUGAAAGAAUGUAUUUGAAUAUCAAAGCAUUGGAAAACAUGAACACUGUUAGUACAGAAAAAGGGAGGCUUCAUUACUUGGCGAAAGUAGUGGGUCUUUUGUGUGUUUGCGUGUGGGUGUAGGUGUAGGUGUGUUGUGAGUGUGCUUGAGGGUGUGAAUUUAAAUCCGACGACCAUCUUAGAUGGAACUAUUGAUACUGAUUUAUGUAAGAGGUUCAUGUUAAACUACUCUGACAUGCUGCAAAUCUACUGUAAUGUCUCCCAAACCUACAUGCUGCUGUGUGGGUUGUCUGUUACUUAAAACAUCUUUACUGUACCUUUUAAUAACUGUGCAGCUUUUAGCAAGUAGGUAAAUUAUUUAUAUUAUAAGCAAGAGAAAAACAAGCUUUUAUCAGACUAGAUUUAUAGAAAACAAAUAUUUUGUUUCACCCAUUAAACCUGCCAAGCUUGCAAAUUCUAUGUACUAUAAAGUGUAAUAGUAAUGUUUAUGAACAAAUACAGAAACUAUUUUAACUAAAUAAUUGUACAUAGUGAAAUGGGGGCUUUGCUGAGACUCAUAAGAUUGUAUUUUUAUGGAGUUACAGUUUGAGUUGCAUGCAGCCUGAGUAGCUACAUAUUUGUAAAGCUUCCACAAGAGUUGUCGUAGCCUCUCGCCUUGUAAAUACUACUGCCUUUGCAAUGUACUGUACUUUGGUGUUCUGUACACUUAUGUAACAAUACAAUAAAACUUACAUUUGUUAACAA